AAUAUUUUUAUUGAAGAAUGUCCUGUGAAUUACCUCAAAAUUUCACACUGCUGAAUAUUUGUGUGUGGGAUAUUAUUAGAAGAAGAAGAUGGAAAUUGAAAUAGUUUAAAAUUAUUCAGUGUGACAAGUUGUUAUGCAGAUGCUCCAUUUUCGCAAUUUCUUCUAUGCAAAUUUAUUCUAUUAUAAAUUUCAUUGCAAUUCUCUCAUGUCACGCAGAUAAAGCGCCUCAAACCAGUGUUAGCUUCUAAAGGAGAACAACUAAUUUAGCGCAAGCGAGGUGUGCCACCUACAAAUGAUUUUCCAUAUACUACGAUUUAAUUACGUUCAAGAAUGUAUUUUGAUGAUAAAUAACGUGAAGAAUAGAUUGCUCCACUAAAAGGCUCGUGAAGAAAAUUAAGUUGUGGUGAAAAAUUUGUCUGAACUUUUCCGCUUCUGGAGAAGAAAGGAGAUAAUUAAUGUUUGAAAAUUUACAAUGUGGUUCUAAAUUGAAUUCUCCUAAUGAAAUACGUGUUAUUCAAUCAUAAAUUGGUAUUGAGAAUGUCCAUUUAUGUAUUUUAUUACAGGAAACUAGAACACAAUGAUAAUUAUUUUAAAAGGUUUUUCGGGGUUCCGUAAAAUCACUUCUAAUUUGUAAAGAAAAAACAUUGGAAAGAAAAAUCUCCAUUUUCCAGAAAAUUAAAUUUCCGAAAUUAAUUUAGAAUCUAUUAAUAACUUACAGAAUUCAUUUCCUAAAUAACUAAAAAUGAAACACUCGUCAUAUCAAUUUUAUUUAUUUUUUAAUAAUCUAUUUAAAUUUAAUAACCACAGUAUUGCAUUUGUCAUAAUAUUUUCUAUAUUUUUCCGAAUUGCAUUAUAUCAGUUAAAUUCAAAAUUGUGUGAAAAUUUUUAACUCGUUCGAUAAAGUUUCCAUCAAUUGGAAUAGUUUUGUAUCGAUUGUUAUGGCGCUUUAUGAUUUUCACGGAGAAUUUGCAUAAUUUAAGUUUUAUUUUACUUUUAUAAAAUUUUAUCUAACGCUAUGAUAAAAAUAUGCUUCAGAAGAAGAAAAUUAAAUUUGACUAAAUUAUCUGUUGAAUAUUUAUAUCAAAUUAUUUUUAUAUUUUCUACGUACUCUUCAUCAGGAAAACUAAUUAUUAUUCUUUGAAAUGUUCAGCAAAAAAAUUAUUUAUUUAUUAUUCUUCUGAAAGAAUCAAAUAAAUCUCAUUAAUUUUUCAUUUAUCUCUAUAAAAGCAAAAUAUUUCAUCCCAAAUGUAUUAAUCAACAUAUUAUAUAACUCAAUUAUGAUCCAUAAAGAUUUUUCUUUCAUUAAAUUCACUGUGCAAAUGGCAAGAAAACAUUAAUUUUCAUAAAUAUAAGAAGAUACGUUUAUUAGAAAAAUUAUAGGCUCAUCAAUUCUGUUCUUUCAUUUCUGUGCCAAACAGUUUUAAUUAACUUCGUGCAAUUUUUCCGAAUAACCCUUUAAAUGUCGCACUAAUCCCGUGUAAGUAGCAAAAUAUAUGCGAGCUUUAUCGCACAUAUAGGCACCUGAUUCAGCGGAAAAAAUCGCCGCAAUUUUCUUCACAUAGUAUGGAGAACAAUGUCAUUUUUCCCACAAGACUUUUUCUCUAUCCCCAUAUCCCAUUUUUUCCACUCUCAUAGACACUUUGUGUGUACAACAUAUAGAAAAAAAAUCAGCUCAUUAUUUGCAUGACUCAAAUUGUAUGUUCUCGCGCGUCUCUCCAACGAGACAGACACACACAGACGUUUGAGGCACUAUGAGAGUUUUCUUGAGUCGGGAAAGACGUCCGUGAAACUGGAAAUCAGUUUGCUGUGAGAUUUUCGUCUUGGCACACGGCGUCGAAUUAUUGCGUGCAAAACUCUUAUCACUUGCGGUGUACCUUAUCAACACAACACCCUUAGUUAUUUUGUAAUUAAUUCUGUGAGGUGUAUACUGUACAUCUGCAGUGAUUACGCGGGUAUCUCCUUACGCUAUUCUUGGUAUCUUGGCGUGGGAGAUUAUUAAGUAUUUGGGAAUGUCGUCAGAAAAUUCUGCACCAAACACCAUUCGGAGGCACGAGUUUAUUUUCAAUUGAAUCCAAUUAAAAGCUUUGAGUUUUGCACUGCUCUACGUGCCAGAGUAUCGUGGCGAAGCAACGAGUGAAGACGGAGAAAAUUUUUUAACAAAAAAAAAAUCUUAUUUAUGCUAAAAGGAAAUUCUUGUGCUUGAAAGUGAAAAAUGAUUUGGAUGGGUGCAUUUAAAUUGACACUAAUCUUGGGAUUUACCUACAUUGUUAUAAAGAGGAACUCUUACAGUCGAAGAAGUUUACAAAGAUCGCGACCAAUUCGCAGCAUUGGUCCGCGAAGUGGCGGCACCUGACGUUGGCCGUAUGGGCAUCGAGAUCCUUUCAUUUACCAUCAAGGAUGUGUACGACGAUGUUCAGUACUUGCAGUCGCUGGGCAAAGCACAAACGGCCAGUGUCAAGCGUGACGCCGAUGCGGGAGUGGCUGAAGCAAACAGGGAUGCAGGAAUCCGGGAGGCGGAGUGCGAGAAGAGCGCCAUGGACGUGAAGUAUGCAACCGACACGAAAAUCGAGGACAAUUCGAGAAUGUACAAACUACAGAAGGCGAAUUUUGAUCAAGAAAUCAACACUGCGAAAGCCGAAUCCCAAUUAGCCUACGAACUGCAAGCAGCUAAAAUUAGGCAGAAAAUCCGUAAUGAGGAGAUUCAAAUUGAUGUUGUGGAGCGACGUAAGCAGAUUGAAAUUGAAGCUCAGGAAAUUAUGAGGAAGGAGAGGGAGCUGAAUGCCACCGUGAGGCUUCCAGCAGAAGCGGAGAGCUAUCGAGUUCAAAUGAUUGCUGAGGGCAAGAGAACUCAGACCGUUGAAGUAGCUCGUGCUGAGGCUGAGCGCAUUAAGAAAAUCGGUUUGGCAGAAGCGACGGCAAUUGAAUCAGUGGGAAAAGCUGAAGCAGAGAGGAUGAGAAUGAAAGCCGGCGUGUACAAACAAUACGGAGAUGCUGCUAUAAUGAAUAUCGUCCUAGAAGCUUUGCCCAAGAUUGCUGCUGAAGUAGCCGCCCCAUUGGCUAAAACGGAUGAAAUUGUGCUCAUUGGUGGCAAUGAUAGCACAACUGGAGACGUGACACGUCUCGUGGGGCAACUUCCACCGGCCAUCAAUGCACUAACAGGUGUGGAUGUGUCCAAAGUUUUCUCCAAGAUUCCCGGAGCCAAGGCGUGAAUUUAAUUCAACCACACGCAAGUUUUUUUUUUAUUAUUUUCACAAAAAAUAUUUUUUUCUUUAAAACACUUUAUGAACUUUUUUUUUGUUAUACCCUUUUGAUGCUACACAAUUUGUUGAUUUUUUAUUUUUUUAAUUUCACAAGUACAAAGAAAAGAAAUGCGCGAAUUUCUUUUGCCAUAAGAUAAUGCACAUUGCGCAAUUUGUUUAACUUUGCCCCUAAUAUUUGGGGUUUAAUUUCUUGUGUUUAUACUAACAUUUUUUUGAUAUAAGAAAGUAUUUCUUUUUUUAAACCAAUGAUCCAUUUUCUUAUAAGUAUAUUAAUGAAAAAAAAAAGAAACAAUCCUUUCUCAGUCAAGUCAGUGUGAUUGUUACCAGAGCUUUUCAGUAUAAUAUUGUAGUAUGGAGAAAGUAAGAAAAAAAAUGGGGUCAGAAAGGAACCUAUAAAACAGAUCAUUUCACUUGAACUGCCAAAAAUAAUUUCUAUAUAAUUAAAAAAAUAUUUUUCUCCCAUAUAGAAUAUUUUCCACAGAUAAGUGUAUGUAAUUUGCAAAAGAGAUUGAGGUGAAAACAUUGAGAACACUAACACUAAAAAAUAGAUAAAAAGAAAUCCUUUUGAAAAGAAAAUUGCUAUUGAGUAAGGAAAAAGUGUAGCUAAGGUAAAAAAAUAGUAAAUGUAAAGUGGACAUAAAUUGGCAAUUUAUUCUCUAAAUUUUAAUGCCUUAAAAAAUGGUGGAAAAGUAGAUUUAUAGAAGAAAAAAAAGUGUUUAAAAGAAAACUAUUUGAGAUGAGAUUAAGUAUAAAUUGAAGAAAGAAAAUUAAGUAAAUUGAUCAUGCUAAUUAAAAGAAAACUAAACUUAAAAUAAAAAACUGAUGUGGGAUUUUAUAAAAUUGAUUCUACGAUUUGCAAAAUAUAUACUUCUUUUUGAAUUAUCUCUUAAGCUUUAAAAACGUUUUUUUUAAGAUAUUUUAAUUAAUGCUUCACUUGGAAAAGGCUUAGUUUAAAUUUUCACAUCAAAAUAAGCAUUUUACGUUUUAUAGAAAUCACGUCACAAAGGUCAAAUGUUUAUUAAAGUUUAUAGAAUUAAAUUUAAUUUGAUUAAAGUCUAAAGAAAAUUUAACCAUCAAAAACUCUAUUUUAUCAUCUAAAAACUGAAAAUAAAACAAAAAGGCGAGAUAGUGUCAUAAAAUUAAAUUGAAGCCAACUUCACACGAAAAAUAUUUAUUUAACAUGUGAAGUUGAUUUCAAAUAAGCGUUAUGACGCCAUAAUUUCUUAAACAAUCCGCCAUAUUAUUUCUUUUUUGGAAAAAAAAUCUUUUUUUUUUUAAUUAAAACCAAUGAUUUUUAAAGCUUAAACAAGGAUUCAUAAAAAAGAAAACUCGAGAAUUAAUUCUAUAAAAUCCCCUCACUUAAAGCAAGAUAUUAAAUUUUCUUUAAAAAAAACAGAAAACUCCUUAAAAUGAAAUAUAACAGUGGAUUGUAGAAAAAGAAUAACUAUUGAGGGACAACAAAUACGAUGAAGUAGAAAGAAAAAAAAAUACUCUACACAGAAUUAUUUUUGAUAUUGUAAUAGUUAACCAAAAGAAAACUAAAAAUGAGGUGAAAAUUGAAGUUAUAUUUCACGAAAGAAAUAUGAAAGAGUACAGAAUGUGCUAAAAGUAGAAAUUAGCAGAGAAUUUUUACUUUUUAGCAGCAGAAAAUGCAGUAAAAAGAAUGAAAUGCAUUAAUGUAAGAAAAUAUUUUCUUUCUGAAAAUUCACAUCUUACGCGAGUAUUUUGUCUUAAGCUGCAAUAAAGAUGUAUAGAUUCUUUUCUUUAUUAAAUUCAAUAAUUUUUUUUUAUAAAUACAUAACUUGAAGAUGAAAAAAGUUACUGAAUUCUUCGGGUAUAAAAGAAAAUAAUCAGAAAUUUCUAUAGAUGUUUCUUCUUUCAUUUCUCUUGCGUAAAAUUUUUCUUUUGAAUGCGCUUCACUCGAUGAUUGUUGGAAAAAUUCGGGGCCAAAGAGUGUGGUGUUAUACGAUAAAAGAGAGUUAAACUUAAUGAAGAAUUAAAAGAAAAAAAAGGUGUGUAGAUUGUUAAAGUAAGUUCCCAAAGAGAAUUUAAAGAAAAAAAUCCCAUCAAGCUCUCAAAAAAAAACUAGCAGAGAGAGCAUCAAAACCCUUUUUAGAAUCCUCUCUAGGUAGACAUAAAAUUAAACAAAAAAAUGUAUGCUUGUGUAAAUACCCCUCCCCCUGAAAAAUAUAGCAAAAACAACUUUUAAAAGAAAAUCCGUCCCCAGAAAAAAUUAAAGAGUCGUAGAAAACUCUUCCUAUAUGAUAAAUUUUUUGAAAAGAAAAUGUAUUUUCGCAUAAAAGAAUUUUCACUUAAAAAGGAAGCUUUUUGAGGCAUUUUUGGCAUUGCAAUUCAGUAAUUUUUUCAAUCUUCGCAUAUUUCGGUGAAUUUUUCUUAUUCUAUUUCAAAUUUUUCUUUGUUAAAUGAUAAGAAGAAACACGUAGAAAAUUUUUAGAAAAUAAAAUGUACGAUAGCAAAAAAAUCUAUUUUCUAUUAAAAUAAUGAUAGAAAAACAAAUUAAAGAUUAAAAAAAAGAAGGAAGAUUUAACAUGAAAUAAAUGUGUUCAAAAUUGUUCAAAAAAAAUUGAGAAAGAUGAAAAAAAUCCUUUAAAAACUAACGUAGAUUUUUAACCGUUUCAAUCAUUUAAAAUGUAAUAUUUCCAAUACUUUUUUUUAUUAAUUUUUCAGUAUUCACUAAUCUCUUUUUUACAGGAUUAAAAAAAACGAAUUUUUCAUAUAAAACAUAGAAAGAAAGAAAACCUCAAAGACAUUAAGUUUUUUUUUCCAAAGAGUUUUUCUUCAUGAGAAGAUCUCACCUCUGCCUAUGGAAGGUGAGUGAAAUUAGACAGAAUAAAUAGAAAAAAAAGUAAAUCCGUAACAAUGAUUCAAAGAAUAAGAAAAUGAAAAUAAUCCCAAUAUCUUCUCGUAAAAAAUACCUCAUUUUGAAAAUUUUUUAUGAUUGUAUUUCUGAGAAGAGAGCAAAGAAUUAGUUAGGGGUUAAUUAUUUUAGUCAACGUAAUGGGUAUAAUAAAAUAGAGCAGAAAAAAAGUAUAUUUACCGAAGAAACAAAAAGAAUAAUACCAAGGAGUUAAAAAAUAUAUUUUAGAAGAGAAAAUAAAAAACAAACUAGGACGUAACUAGAAACAACAAGGCGGAAAAUGGACGAUCCUAUCUUUAAAUUCUUCUUCUUUUUCUUUAAGGAAAUGGUACUGAAUUAAGUAUAUUGUACCUUUGUUCUUUAAAAUUAAAAAAAACAAAUCUAUUUACAGAAAAGAAGAAAAACAAACUCAUUAAAAAACACAGAAUAAUACCUACAAUUUAUAUACAAAACACAUGAAAUCUUUCCAUAUUUUAAAAGAACUAAAACAAAACUAUUUCUAUCAAAUCAUUUUAAGAGAAUAAUAAAAAAAAAAUCCCAGCAUUUUACGUGCAUUUCCUUAAUUGUUGUGGCGCUAAAAGCAUUGACUUUCCUCCACAAUGCUCAAGAAUAUUUUCUUUUUUUACUAAAUGAAAAUAAAAUGCGAUUUUCAAAACCACUUUCGCAUCACAAUUUUAGUUUUUUAUUAAAAGAAAUUAACGAGAUUUUAAGCUGAAGAAAAUUUUUAAGAAGCAACACAAUAUCUUCCAAGAAACAAAAUACUGAAUGAGAAACUCUACAGAUUUUUUUCUUUUUUCCACGAUUAAAUUCUAUUUGAAAAAAAAAGAGCAGAAAAAAAAAGAUUUAGCUUCUUGAGAAUUCGCAUAAAUAAGGGCAUGAAUUAAAUUAAAUUUGAUGUGAACAAAAAAGUGUAUAACUCGAAAUUUUAAUAAAAAUAUUAAAAAUUUAA